AGAUCUGUUUUUACAACACGUGUGGUUAGGCAUUAACAACUGAAAAUUGCAGAAGAUUAUAAAGGUUAUUGAAAAUCAUGGCAUUAAUCUCUGUUAGAGAGAUUUUUACUCCAGUUUUCAGACAUAGCAUCAAACAUGUAUAUUUUAGUCGGCACAUUGUUAAAUGUCAACACAAUAAGCUAUGUGACCAAUUGCUGUUACCAACUAUAACUGGGCAAAGAUUUUACGCAGAGAAAAAAGUAUUUAGCAGAGAUAAGCCUCAUUGUAAUGUUGGAACAAUAGGCCAUGUCGAUCAUGGAAAGACUACGUUAACUGCUGCUAUUACUAAAGUUCUUUCUGAAAAGCAAUUAGCUAAAGCUAAAGGUUACAGUGAAAUUGACAAUGCUCCAGAAGAAAAAGCUCGUGGUAUAACCAUAAAUGUAGCACACAUCGAAUAUCAAACAGAGAAACGUCAUUAUGGACAUACGGAUUGUCCAGGACAUGCCGAUUAUAUUAAAAAUAUGAUUACGGGUACUGCACAGAUGGAUGGAGCUAUUUUAGUCGUAGCAGCUACUGAUGGUACCAUGCCUCAAACCAGAGAACAUUUACUUCUUGCUAAACAAAUUGGAGUCGAGCAUAUCGUUGUCUUUAUUAACAAAGUUGAUUCUGCCGAUUCAGAAAUGGUAGAAUUAGUUGAAAUGGAGAUACGUGAUUUAUUGACUGAAAUGGGCUUUAAUGGUGAAAAAAUUCCUAUCAUCAAGGGCAGUGCCCUUUGCGCUCUUGAAGGAAAAAAUCCUGAAAUUGGUUCAGAGUCUAUUAUAAAACUUUUAGAUGCAGUAGAUGAUAAUGUACCAACUCCAAUUAGAGAAUUGGAUAAACCAUUUUUAUUACCAGUCGAAUCAGUUUAUUCAAUACCUGGUAGAGGAACUGUAGUCACUGGUAGAUUAGAACGAGGAAGAAUUAAGAAAGGAAUGGAUUGUGAAUUCAUUGGAUACAAUAAGAAUUUAAAGAGUGUAAUCACUGGUAUUGAAAUGUUUCAUCAAAUAUUAGAAGAAGCACAUGCUGGUGAUCAAUUAGGUGCUCUUGUUAGAGGUUUGAAAAGAACAGAUAUUAGAAGAGGAAUGAUUAUGUGUAAACCAGGCUCUAUGAAAGCUCAUGAUCAUUUUGAGGCGCAAGUAUAUGUAUUAAGUCCAGAGGAAGGAGGUAGAAAGAAACCUCUUGGAAAUCUUGCACAAUUGCAAAUGUUUUGUAAAACUUGGGAUAUUGCCGCGCAAGUUAAUUUAUUCAAUAAAGCAAUGGCAAUGCCAGGAGAAGAUUGCAAAUUUGAAAUCAAAUUGAUUCGUCCUAUGGUAUGUGAAAAAGGUCAACGAUUUACAUUCCGGGAUGGAAGUACAACCUUAGGAACUGGCGUAAUUACGAAUAUUCUCCCACCUCUAACAGAAAACGAUCGUGUAAAUAUUUUAGAAGGAAAAAAGAAAAGACAGAAAAAGGAGGAAAAACAGUAAAGAAAUUUUAGAUUAGUAUAUAUAAAUGGUAUUCUAAUUGAUAUGAUCAUAUUAUAAAAAAAAAAAACAAUACUUACUGUAUUCUAAGGACAACUCCAUUUAUGCUACGCAAACGAACAUUUAAACAUUUUUAUUAUUAGUCUAUAUCUCAUAUAUGUACUUGCAUAAAUUCCUUUGGUAGCCCCUCUUGAUUUACAUUAUUUGCAUUUUCUUAUAUCAUUAAAGUGUUUUAUAAGCCGAGUGUGAGACGCAAUACCACGUAUAAAUAAGAAUAGAUUAUACUAUAGAUAUAGAAAUAAAAUGUUCAUUAAUGUCCUUUAA